CCGCCGCCGCCGCCGGCCCGGGACCAUGCGCAGGGCGCGGGCGCCGCGCCGCCGCGGGGCUCUGCUCGCCUGCCUCUCCCUGGGGACGCUGCUGGCCCUCGCCGAUGCCAAGGGCGCCUUCUACCCCCCCGCCGCCCCCCUGCCCUACGGCGGCAGGUACAGCCUCUACACGGCCGGCUCCAGCCCGCAGCUCGGCCCCGGCAGGCCGGUGGGCAAGCACAAGAGCUACUGCGCCUACGUGGUGCAGCGCAACGUGACGUGCACGCUGCAGGACGGGGCCGAGAGCUACGUCAAGGCCGAGUACCACAAGUGCAGCUGGGGACCCAAGUGCCCUGGCAAAGUGCUGUACCGCACCUUCUUCAGACCCAAAUACAAGAUUGGCUACAAGACAGUGACGGAGCUGGCCUGGAGGUGCUGUCCAGGCUUCAUGGGAGAAGGGUGCCAUGACAGCCCAACCGACCAACCUGGCCUCCUUCCCCAACAUCCCAGCCCUAAAAUGCCUCCUGGACAAAAGAUGUUUCCAAUUCCUAGAGUUCCUCCCCCUCCAAAAAGCCACCCUGAUCUGUUUCCAGGACCAAAGAAGAAUCCAUAUGGCAGGAAGUUGCCUGGCCUUUUUGGAGACCGCCUGGAUCGUCUGGAAGAGGAGGUGAGGCGCCUCUCCCAGGCCUACGACAGCCUGCACACCAUGGUCAGCGGCCUGGGUGACCGCCUGCGGCUGGCUAUCCGGGAGGACACCACCAAGAUGAUUGGGUCCCUGAUGAACAGCCCAGGUGUGCCUGACUCAACGGUGGGUUUUGGCAUCAUUCCUGACGGCCUGGUGGAUGUAGCAGACAAGGCCGACAUCGCCACGUACCCUCCCGUGGGGGAGAUCUUGACCAAAGUGACAGAGGUGAGCGACGUGCUGAAAACCAAGGCAGACUUGCUGCACGAGGUCCGUGGCAUGGUCCUGGACCAUGACGGGCAGAUCAAGCACCUGCUGGAGUCAGCCCGGCCCUCACCCCUCACCUCCAUCGACCUGCUGGAGGAGUACGUGGACACCCGGCUGAGCAACCUGCGUGGAGAGCUGCUCGAUGGCUUUGAGAAGAAGCUGGGGAAGAUCCAGACCACGUGUGACUUCCGGAUCCAAGAGGUGCAGCAGCAGUGUGAGGAGGAGAAAGCUGCCAACCUGCGGCUGCAGCAGACGCUGGAUGGGAAGGAGUUAGAAAUCAAGAAAGAGAUCUCCCAGCUAGAGACCCAGAUCCAAGGGCUGACAGUGGUGGAAAGCUGCUGCAGCAACCUGGACUACCUCAUCGAUCGUAUGAACAUCCUGGAGAAAGGCCUCCACAGCAUCUCCGAGUCCCAGAAGAACUUACACUCACGGCUGGAUGGAGAAGUCUCCACUGUCACCCUAGAGAAUCUCUUUGAAGGGCGCUUUGAGGAUCUGGAAGCCAGACUCAAUGCUACAGAGAGAGAAACAGGGAGCUGCUGCUCCAGUAUAGAGGACAGCAUGAGAGGCACGGUUGUAGCAGAGGUGGAUGGCAUGAGGACUGCCUUUGAAGACAAAAUGCAGAUCUUGGAGGACAGGUUCAUGACCAUUGUGGGGGAGCUGAACAACAUCAGUGCUCCUGUGGGCAUGGACGGAGCAGUGGUGCCCAUGCUGGAGGGGGAGCUUGCUAGCAUGAGGAAGCGUACAGAUGAGAGACUGGAGGUGUUGCAGAAUCGCCUCAUCACGCUGGAAAGCACUUGUUCCCUGGGCUGCACCUCUGCCUCCAAAGACGUGGAGACCUUCCGGACAGAGAUUGAAGACUGCCAGAACAAGAACCAGGACCUGCUCCUCCGGAUGGACAGCAACUAUGACCUCCUGAGCAAGCUGAAUGCCACCAUCUUGGAGAUCCAGCGGCGAAUUGAGGAAGAAGCAUCGGGAGCUUUGCAAGGGGAGAUCACCUUGCUAAAGAUCAACCUGAAUACCAUGAGCAAGUCUCUGACAGGGCUCAAGGACUCUGUCUCCCAGUACUCAGACACCGUGACACAUGUCAACUCCUCACUGGAUGAGCAUGAGCGGAAGAUCGAGGAUGAGGUCCACUCCAUCCAGGAGAAAGUCAGUGACCAAGGCUCCCAGCUCUUCUUUAGCAACCGGCGUGUCCUGAACCUCAAGGGAGACUUGGAGCGACUCAAAGCUAGGAUUGUCAGUGACCUGAGCUCCUGCAAAAGUGCAGCCCACGACCUGCAGCGGGAGAUCGCUCACUUCGAUGACCGGGUAGCCCGGGUGGAGAGCGUGUGCGGCAGGCUGGGUGCUGUCACGGGAAGCCUGGACGUCAUCAGGGAUGAACUGGAGAAACACACGGGCAGCUUGUGGGACUAUAUGGACCAUAUGAACAGGACCCUGGCUGCCCACUCUCAGGAAAUAACAGGACUGAAGGACAACCUGCUUGACUGCCAAGCCAAAGUCUCUGAGCUGUCGGAGCAGGUCAGCCACUUGGAGGAGCAGGCAGACAGAAAGCAGCAUUAGCCGUCCUGAAACUCACUUCUUUCUUCUCCUCCCCACCUUGAAGAACAGAAUUAACUUAUAUCAUACAGACUUACUCCAAUGUGACAACAGUUCUUUGGAUAUCUUUUUAAUUAAAAGAUAAAUUAAAAGCUGCUACAAACCCUUCUUCCCCAUCCCCUUUUUUUAAAAAAAUACUUACCAGUCCUGCUUUCCCCUUUGCCAUUACCAUACUUUCCUCCCGAGGUUUAGCAGCUGUACUGACCCCCGUGUAGCAAGGCACCUGCCUCUGUAGCUGGGGGUGUUGUUUUGGCUCCUGGACUGAUGACCCCAGAAGAGCAAUUCAAGAGGAAGCUGGAGGCGGGAAUGUUUUUUUUAUUUUGUGGAUUUAUCGCUUCUUGAAGAAUAAAACUCUGGAGUUGUGAGUUGAGGAAUAGAGUUUCUCUGACCUAAAGACCACCUGCAUCUUAAUCCAGGGAGUAAGAGAGCCAGGGCUCCUUACAGGCAGCAAAAACUCACCACAGGAAUUGUGGAUUUCAAAGAAAACAUGUAUUCUCACAUCCCCCUGGGAACUGUAUUCCCCUCUUCGAGCUGUCAGCCCUCCUUGUGUAAGGUAAAUCCAUUUAUACUGCUCAGUUCUUCAUGCAAAUGCACAUGCACUACAGAGCAUAUGAGGAUAUGCAUUAGGAAAACAUAUAUAUAUGUAUAUAUUUUUUUUGAACAAUCCACUGUCAUGGUGCUUGUCCAACUGCAAAGUUUUCUCUUGGUGCCCCCCUUUCCCUGUUUUGAAAAACCACGCCAAGCAGUUAACAAUUGCCACAACGGCCGUUGCAGGAAGGCCCCGCAGUGCCUUGGCGGUGCUUUGCGAUCCCCUUGUCCUUUGCUCUCCAGUAACACCUGGGAGUGGCAUGAAGGCUUACAGAAAGCUUGCGUCUUCCCUGAUGGGCCACAGCCCUUUGCAUGUUACUGAAGACACGUGUCUGUAGGUGCCUGAAGAGCAGUCCUGUCCUCCAGCUCUGGCUCUCUUCUGUUUUAUUGCUUAAACUGUGAACGCAGGUUUCCCUGUGUCCUCGUGAGGCAGACGAGGUCCAGCUGCGAGAGCGAGAAGGCCCCCAUUCUGCAAGGAGUCACCGUGCUUCCCUUUCCAGCAGUGCAGGAGCGCGAGCCUGCUUCCUCCUCACAUUCACCUGCUAAUGCCACCAGGGAACCCACUCCCAAUAGUGAGUGCUGAGGAAGAGGAGGAGGAAGGCAGGGAUUGCUCACAGCAUCUUUGAGAAGCAAGCCAAGACCUCUCCUCAGCUCGGCCAUGGGGAACUGAACUGGAGGAGAUAUGAGAGACCUGGGUGAUUUGCCCAGUUUCACUCUGGUUUCCCAUGAAAGCGCAGACUGGAAAAGGCCAUACAGGUACCUGAGCGACUCCAGAUUCGCCAUAUGGAGCUAGUGCCCCUCCCACACCACCACUCCCCGCAAAAUCCACCUCCUUGGAGAGGCCAGGCACAGGCCGCCUCCGCUGCUCACCCCAGAGGGACUGCAUUACCAGAAAGGACGAAGAGGAAAUUAAAGAGCCUCCAUUUGACCAGCUCUGGUACUUUAGCAGAGGAAUAUGUUUUCCUAUGGACUCAGCACUGCAGCUAGCUAAGCCUUUCGCCCCAGCUAGCCUUCAGCCCCCCUGCCCUGCAUCCUUGCUCUUCCCUGCUGUGGUUUCCUGGGUCAGGACACACUGUGAGAGCAGCGAGUACCACGCACAGCCUGCAGCAUCCACCCUGAAGCUGCUCUCUGCUCCCACCAACACAAAGCAGCAGUGAUGCCCGGCAGAGGUUCAAUAAGGACAAGUUUUCUCCUCCAUCCUAUCCCAUCCAAGCUGAGUUAGCUCUUUCAAACAGAAGCUCCAAGGCUAGGAGGAAUCACAAGGAUCACCAAGUCCUGCUGGCCACGUCACGUUACCCUGACACGGUAGAAGCGUUUUCUCCUGCCACGUGAGCUUGGGGCAUCCAGCCAGCAGUACGAACAGACCCAGCCUUCCACCAUGCUCUUACCUAAGCCUGCUUGGGCUGAGGGACACUCAUUGCAGCAAAAUCCACUCACCCCGCUCUGGACUUAGCUGAUUUGGGGCUACACUGCUACUGCUGGAAGACUCUUUUCCAGCUGAGGGAGGAAGCAGCUGAGGAGCAACAUCCAGCUGCCUUCAGGCAUCCCAAAGAAACUGCUGUUAGACCACAAAGACAGUUUCAGCCCCAGCCAAAGGCAGGGGUUUCAAGCCAGCCCUUGCCCCAGAAGAGCCUCCUGCCCAAGCCAACCUCCACAUCUUUAUGGAACAGGGAGAAAAAGGGCUGCAGCAACCAAAGAGGAAAAAUUAACCAAGCGCCAGGCUAACGGGAUUUCCAGGCAGGCCAGUAAGCCGCAGCUUGGGUUAGAGAGCAGCUGAAUAGGAACAGCUCCCUCCAGCACAGAGAGGGCUGAGAUGCUGGUAACAGAGCUAGUGCAGGAGGAGGAAGGAAGAAGUCAACCUUCCAGAAAAUGGUGCUAUGUUUGGACUAUUCCUGACUAGUCACUUGAAGAUAUGGACAGUUUGUAUUUCAGUUCUCAGCUAUUUGCGCUUAAAAAGUGAAAUGAACUUUGUGUAAAAUAGGGCAUUUUUUUUUUUGCUUGCAAAGAGGGGAGGAGACUGUGCCUGUGUGGUUGUUCUUGCACUGGGCAGGCUUCUGAGAUGGUUGGCGACUGAGCCUGUUAAGAGGCUGUGCUGUAUUGUUUUUAAAACCUUGUACAUUUGUUCA